GCUGCUACAUACUUUAAAACUAGCAGCUGAAGUUUGCCAGUUGUACACUGUGGAUAUGCACUAGCUGCUGAAGUGCAUUUGGGCCCAUAGUACCAGAUUAUAUUCUUCAAACUCAUGCACCCAUCCAGCACACGGCUAAGAAUGACUCCAAGAAGGAAAAAGUAACACACACCGGACCCUUCUGUAAAGGCUGAUGACAACAUACCAGCACGGAUUUAUGAAAACUAACUACCCUUUGGAAUAAUGAGUAGGAGGUACAAAUUGCAAAGAGCCUCCCGCUGGGCAAUAUAUAUUGGUUGGAAUAGGCACCCUGGAGUGACAACAGCUGGUUGUAAUUAAAAAAAAGGAGAGAAAAAUGGAGAAAGGAGACGUGUUGAUUAAUAGCUGAAGUUUGGGUUGUUGUUUUUUAGUGGUUUCUUGUGCAAACCCAGAGCAAAAGCCCUACAACUAGUCCAAGCCUAGGAACCACAGGGUUUAAUGUCUGAAAAGGACAAGACUACAGUGGGCAGUGUCUCCUCCAGGAGAUGAAGAGAGAAGGUGGCUAAGGGAGAAGAGGAGAAGCCCCACUGCCUGCAUUGCAAAACUAUGGUAUGAUUUACAUGCUUUACUGCAAAGUUCUUGGUGCAAAAGGAUGUUUAAGCUGCUGAGAAGCAUUAGCCAUUCAUAGACGUCAUAGAAUCAGCCCGACAGGUCAUUUCAUUGUCCAAGAUGGUACCGAGAAAACUGGGAUUAGACCUGUUCAGAUGUUUUGGUGCACAGGCUCAGAGAUCACGGAGAAGGGGGAGGCUGAAGAAGCCACCUGUGGCUGGAUUCUGCUUCUUGCUUGCUUUCUCUGUGGUGGCAUUUACAAGUUUUCCACUGCUGCUUCCAAACAGCUACAGGGAGUCCGAUUUACAGUUCUUGGUACUGGCUGAGCCAGAUAGGAAAGUCAUCCGGCCCAGGCGACUGUGGACACACACCACUACCUCUGUUCCCUGGGGGGCCAGGAGCUUUGACCACAGUGAAUGGAAGUCCGCUCCUCCUGGCACCAAUAAGGACAGGCAAUCCUCACACCAUCCCCAUGCCACUUGCAAACAAAAGAUCAAGCCAAGCAGCCUGCGCCAACAAAACCACACGCUGCUGAAAGCAAAGAGAAAGCAGAAAGGAGAGAUUAGGAAACAUAACAUUGUUGGGAAAAGCUCUGAAGCCAGCAAUAAAUUACCGCAUGAAAACAUUCCUCGCGGGACCAAUGGUGAGAAGAAAAGGGAGCUUAAUACUCAUUUUUCACUAAAGAAUAUGGGGAACAAUAGUCAUUUCUAUAAACUGACAGUGAAGAAGGCAGAUAUGAAACCACAAAUGGCGGCGGCCCCUUUCUUUUCUUCUUCCCUCAGCAAUAAAAGGGGUUUGCAGGAUGGAAAGCGGGAGUUUGUUUUACUUCUUAAGAACUCUUUUGCAAGCCAGCUAGCUGUGGCGCAGGACCAAUGCAAACCAGAUGUGCAAGCAGCUGGCACUGAGCUGCAGCAUUCAGAUUUGAUUAAAGCCUUUAUCUCAGAAGCAGAUAUCAGGCUGCCCUUCAAAAGUGCAGCAAGCACUCAGAGACAGACAGGCAGUUACUCCCAGGAGCCUGGAGAGCCAGGAGCUCAUUUCGGGGUGGAUGUGGCUAAGCAGUUACAGACAUCAGAAUGGUGUAUGAAGACUCGAGCAGAUGCCCUUUCUGCCAAAUGGGAGGGAAGCCUGAGGUUUGGGGAGAGGAUCCCACCUUGGUUUACGGCAGACGACGUGCAGAAGAUGAAAUGGCUGGCAAAUGGCAAAGUGGUGACCAAAACUAGAAUUCCUGCCCAUGGACAAAUACUCAGAGUCAGCCUUUCGGCCAGCCAAGACAUUUCCCCAUCUGACCUUAAACAAGACUGUUCGGAUGGGCUCUGUGGGUUAAUAAAGCGGCCCAGUGACCUCUAUGAGGUGCUAGCUUUCCACUUGGACAGAGUGCUGGGGCUGAAUAGGAGUCCGCCUGCAGUGGCCCGCAAAUUCAACAGUCCCCUGAUGCCCUAUAAAUAUACCAACGGUGCAGCGAGGCCCAUCGUAUGGUGGGUGCCAGAUAUCCAGCACCUCGAUGACCCCAACAAUGACCAGAACUCUUUUGCACUUGGUUGGCUACAGUAUCAGUCUCUGCUGCGGCAGCGGUGUGGCAUGGCGGACUCCACAGCAGCUCUCGGAAUAGCUCCGUGUUUGAGUGUCCAGCACACGGAAUGGGCCAAAUUGGCGCUCUUUGAUUUUCUCCUACAGGUUCAUGACCGCCUGGAUCGUUACUGCUGUGGAUUUCAGCCAGACCCUUCAGAACCCUGCAGGGAGGAAAUGCUUCAUGACAAAUGUAGGAAUCCUGCAGAGUUGGUCCUCGUCCACAUCUUGAUCCGAGGCAGUGACCCAUCUCACCUGGUAUUCAUUGACAAUGCAGGUAGACCUCACCAUCCAGAAGCAAAACUCAACUUCAGACUAUUGGAAGGCAUUGAUGGGUUUCCUGAGACAGCUGUGACUGUGCUCAAAUCGGGAUGUUUACAGAACAUGCUUCUGAAGUCACUCUACACGGAUCAGGAAUUCUGGGAAAGCCAGGGUGGAUACCAAGGACUUAGACACUUGCUUCAUGUCAUUAACAGAAGAGGAGAGAUCCUACUGCAGCACAUUCAGGAACACAAUUUGACAAGCUUUAAGGAUUCUUCACUUUAAAACAUGCUCCCUACAAGGGUGAUACUCAUCUGAAAUAAAGAGCAAGGCUGCAACCAUGGAUAUAUACCUCAGUUCUCUAAAGCUCUUAUGAUCCAAUGCUGAUCUUGAAUGCUUGAUUCUUUAGAAUCAAAUUUGGCAACACAUCCUGAAGAAGCAGAAUAGAUCCCAGGAAGAGAGCGCUGGGGGAAAGAAUUUCUGACACUUUUCAGAAAGGCUGGGGAAAUGUAUUAACUAAGUACUCAUUGAGCACUGACUCCCAACUUAGAUUUUCAAGGGAGUUAAAUCUUAUUGAGAUUGUAGGCACCUAACACCCUUAGUUUCCUUUGAAAAUCUUAUUUUGAAUGUUAGGGCAAAAUACUAAGGACAACAUGAAAAACAUUAACUCAACUGUUUGAGCGACUGACCACAGCUCACAGAAGACAAUGAGUCUUUUCAUUGACUUCAGUAGACUUUUGAUCAACUUUCAAAAAUAGUCAAUGAAGCCAGUUUGAUUUGAUACGUGAAAAAAGGGCGGGACCUCCAAAGUGAAUUACAUAAAUUAUGUAAGAGCAUGUGACCUAAGAUAGGUCUUCAAUCUAAUGUUGUACCUAUGAUACUGUAGGUAGAUCAGUUAAUGGCAACUUAGAAUCUGGCCCAUAAUGCAGUGCUGCAAGCAUCUAGCAGCAAUUGCUACAGUUAGUAUAGAAAGUACUUUGCAAUCUUAACUCUUGAUUUUCAUACACUCAGUGAUUCCUGAAACAUUCACUAUUUGAGCUGCAAUUUUCCAUGCUAGGUCUGGAGUGAGUUUUUAUUUUAUUUGAAAAAGUAUGAACUAAAUCAUGUGUCAUUUUGGAGCUCUGGGAAAAUUAACAAAAAUACCUCCCACCGCUCUUAAAUACCCUUUUCUGGACAUGGCAGCAGCAAAAUCAGCUGUCCAAAACUCAAAACCUUCCUUGGUUUGCAGGGACAUAUUUUUAAAAUAAACAACUGCAAAAUGACUUCUGACCAUACUGUCUGCUCAGAAUUUUGGCAUAGCCGAGUCCUGUCUUAUUUUUGUCAUCACUGUACAUGUGCCUGGCUGCUCCGACAGUGAGUGUGAUUGUGUCUCUCUGGCUAGUACUGAGACAACAUAGAUGACAUAAAUUGAAAAUGUCUCAUGGAAAAAUACACAGCAAAAUCCUCCAAAAAUACUGACAAACAAAAUUGCAAGGGCAAUUUUUUUUAAAAAAAAUUGGGAUUCUGGUAGGUUAAAGGCUCUUUGAAAUUUUCCUUUCUACAAUAUUCCUGCCAUUCUAAUUGCAUAUUUUGUAUUUGCCAUGUAAGCUGAGGCCAAGCUUUUCAGAAGUGACUCCAGGUGCUCAGCUUAAGACAUGUGUCUCCAAGUGCUCAGCUUAAGACGUGUAGCAUGGUGCCUCCAGGUGCUCAGCUUAAGACAUGUGUAGCAGCCUGAUUUUCAGACAGUGUUAAGCACCCAUUCUCUGAAAACCAGGUUCCUUCAAGGUCUCCCAAGUUGGACACUCAACUGAGGCACCUGUAACCAUCAGCCACUUUUGGAAGUCUUGACCUACAUUUUUGUAAUAAAAAACAAUCUUCCGCAGUGUAAACAUAUGUGCUGCUACCCUACAAAUCUGUUUUGCAGAAAAUGAUCUCCAGUCAAGUAAAAAGAACAGAAAAUACAGGAACUCGCCCUUUCCCCACCAUAUUCAACUCCGUAAGGUGUGAGCUUCAAAAUUUAAAGAGGAUAAUAUAAAACCAACCAUCUAACAGCACAAGCAAUUUCCCUUUCUCUCAUUUCUUUGUAAGAGAAAGAUUAAAUGAUACAACUGACGUUAGUGCCAUGUUUAUCAAGUCAAAACAAUUGCUAUUACUGUAAAAAAAUUGUAGUCACCUAGGCCAUGUCUACACUACAGAUAAUAUCGAAGCAGCCACAGUCAAUCUUCCAAGGUUUGAAUUAGCAGGUCUAGUGAAGACACAC